GCACUGGUUCAAGCUAGGCUAUGAAAGAUGUGAGUCGGUGCAUGAGCAGACAACAGCUGGAGGCGCGUAGCGGAGCUCUUAACUCUUCGGAUGGGGUCGACCAAAACAUUCACUUUGCAAUCUCCAUUGUGGAGCCGAAGGCGAGCGAUGCGAAACAUUACGGACUCCACGUGCGACUACGGUCUCGCGCAGACGGAGGAAGGAUGCGUGCGCACACUGUCUUCAUACAACCCAGACGCGUAUCUCCACGUGCAGAUUAUUUAUCUCGUUCUCGGCAGCGUGACCACAUUCGCUAGCGCCGUCAUGUACAUCCGGUCCCUCAAGCAUGAGGCGUCCAAACUGCAGCAGUACAAUUUCAUCUUCUGUUGCUAUGCGUCCUUGACAAUGGUGUUAACCGGCGCCGACCCGAAAAGCUACGGCCACCUCAUUCCUCGCCCCAUCAGCAGCUUCCUGUCCGACUCGCUGACCGCCGCGCUCUACUCCGUGUACAUUCUGACGCUCGGAUAUUGGGCUACCAUUAUUCAAAAAGGUGCUGCAAUGGGCGACAGACCAGCUCAACUUAUCUGCUUGGAGAGUAUCGCCAUCGCGGUUGUGUGGGCGUUCUACAUUCUGUACAACAUUUCGCUCUUCUUGUCCAAGGGAUUCAACCGAACAGGCAUCACGUAUCUGCAUUUAAUGUGGAGUGCGAUAAUGCUGGGCAUCAUUAGCACCGUCUUCUUGAUCUACGGUUUACGCGUUCUUGCGCGUCUCCAGGCAUACGAGCAGGAGAAGAAGCUACGGAUACCCACCAUGGCGUCGGACCGUGUGAUGAAUCACUCGUACAAUAUGGGGAGUCUAAGUGACGAUGAAGACGGUGUUCCUGUGGUACAGGAGCCCAAGUUCGCGAACCGUGGCAAGCCAAAAGAAGGCCAUUCCACCAAGAUCCGCAAGAUCCUGUACGUGACCGAGACGCUUUCACUAAUCGUCAUUGCAACGCAAAUGUACAUGGCGGUAACCCACACAGCGGGUGAGUCUGAAGAGCUCCAAUGCGCCAACGGUAUCGGCUGCGAGUCUGUCAAGGCUGGUCUCAGCUAUUUGAAUAUCCUUCAGGUGGUAUGUGUAUGGGCGGUAUUGUGGGCUUUCCGAACCAUCAAGAAGAAAGAGGUGAUUCCUCAGCCGAAUAACGCGCAGUCUAUGGCGUAGAGAUCGAUAUUAGUGUAGAUGAUAAUUGUGUGUUCGGUAGUUGUAUCAACUCCAGCCUCAAUGCGCUGGUAAUCAAGAAAGUAAAGGAGGCGGAUGAUCUCCAUGAUCCAAAUAUUGAACCGUGCC